AUGCACUUUGACCUGGGCUUUGCGGAUGGAUUCUUGAGUGCGAUGCGCGAGCUGCGCGGUGAAUCCAGCCCCAUCCUUUCCUCAAGCCCACGCACGGCAGAGCCCCAAGCAAAUCUGGACUUGCACACCAUCACGAGCGAUGCUUUUGUGACAGCGAUUCGCGAUCGAUCCUUGUCCGGGGAUGUACAGGACGCGCUGCUUGGACUGUACGACAGAAUGCUCUGCCGGCUAAAAAUGACGUGUUCUAUGCAUUUCUCCGUCGCACAGGCGCGCUGGGGCUCUUCGCACACACUCGCACAGUCUUUGGUGCAGCGGCUCUUUGUUUCGCAGUGCGCCGCAUUGGCACGGCACAUUAGCGAUACCAUUUUGAGCAUUAUUGAUGCACGCAUGGACGAGUUUUUAGUCGAGGCCGAGUUUGUGCGGCGGACCAUGGUCAAGCCCCACAGCCAACGCGCACUUUCGAUUUUGGAAAAGGCAUUCACGCACGCGCCUAAUAUUACACAGGCAGAGAAGUACAUGCUUGCCAAAGCGACGGGGCUGCAGCCGCGUCAAGUUACUAUCUGGUUCCAAAAUAGGCGGAACAGGAAAACACCGCGUCAUCGGCGACGCUCGCCGCCGCGAGCCUAUACUACAAGGUCACGCGCCGCGCUGCGUCUGACUGCGCCGCCGCACAAGAACGGGUGGCAUGCGAAGAAGACAGAGACGCCGUCGAGUCCCAUGGACGAGGAGAGCUCGUACGAGGAGACUUCAAGCGCUUCGCCAUCGCCGUCGCCGUCGCCGUCGCCGUCGCCAAUGCGCUCCAUGUCGCACUUGCCGUCUCCGCCCGCACCGCCGUCUCCUUCGACGACUCACUCGCAGCCUGCGUCGCAGCCUGCGUCGCCGUCCGCGUCGCCGUCCGCGUCGCUGAAUGCCUCGUCCGUAAAGUCGUGCUUCCAAUCACUGUCCCGAUCACCGACACAAUCGCCCGUCGAAGGCAACCAUCUCUCGCCGAAAUUCAAGCCCAUGCGGCUAGGCGCGGUGCCCAGUGCCCCGGACUCGGAGUGGCACCAGCCAGAGUCCCCAGCAUUCAUGCCUAUGUUUGCCGAAAACUCUCCUCUUGCCUCUUUUUCCAAGUACACCAUCCCUUCCUUUCUGCCCAAGACCGACCGGCCGUCGUUCCCCUUGGACAGUUUGCUGGAUGUGGACAGUGCGAAACAGAGCCUCGUCUUUUCUCCGCUGGAUCCAUUACCGCGCCUCGACUUUGCCGAUCUGCGCCUCGAUAUGGAUGCACUGGAGCAUGCAUUUGGGAUGGUCAAGCCAGGGCCCGCUGCGCCGGCAGACAAGGCGCCGCAUGCGCCGACGCUAACGUCGCCCGAAGUGCACACACAAGUCGUACCUGUCAUUUCAGCUGAAGACUUGCAAGCGGCAGAACUGUUUGUAAAUCAAUCGCUGCGCGUAGCGGACGAGCUGCUCUUGCGUGCCAGUCGCGAGGGGUGGUCGUUUCAGGAUCUCUUGAUGCCAUUGUCGGGGCCGCGCCAGCAAGAUAUGGGCUAUGAACUGCUAGAUUCCAUGGCCGUGUCGGUAGAAGGUGUCGUGCACCCACACGAAUGGCGAGCGCCGAACGAUUCUGUACGUGCGUAUGGACCCCCACCGACUGCGCCCAUACAAGGGCACUUUGGAUGA